UAUCGAUAGACAGCAAGCCGUUUUGCUUGUAAAUACAAUUUUAAUUGGACAAACUAAAUUGAUGGAACCGGUGCCCAUCCGGCCAAAGGCGCCGGGAGCGGAUAACCGCGGAGCCCUGCCGCUGGCGGCGAAGAAGCCGGCCAAGAAGCGUUCGUACCACUGCGGCGUUUGUUUUACGGAGUUCUCUCGUCAUACGGCCACCAAGCGGCACGAACAGCAGUGCGCCGUCAGGUUGAGGUGUCUAUUCGUCUGCCGCCACUGUCUGACGCUCUUCGGCGAGGAGGCCCGGCUGGAGCGGCACCGGGAGCGAAAGCACAUCGACGGCCAGUUCCUGUGCCUGCAGUGCGGCAAGAAGUACGCGUCCGCCACGUUUCUGUACCGGCAUGUGGCCAGCUGGCACGGCCAGCAGUCGCUGUUCUACUGCGACAUGUGCGCGGACAACUGCAACGACGUUAAGACCUUUAGUGGUAUGCUGGAGCUGCAGGAGCACGCCGAGGAGGUGCAUCGCCUGAGUACCCUGAAGUCCACGGCCAGUGAUGCAGACAGCCAGGUUGAUGAAACGGAGGACCUUGAGAUGCUGGAGGAGAACAUUGAAAACAUACUGCCCAGCAUCGACUGGGACGACGAUCUCACCUUUGGCUGGCCCACGGACCUGGACAAGGAGUCGUGCAUUGUGGACGCCAAGCCGAGCGUUUUCGUGUGUCCCUUCUGCGCCAACGGAUUCCCCGGCAGUCUGAGCCUGAUGCGGCACCUGGAGCAGGUCCACGGACGCAGCGCCCUGGAGUGCUGCUAUUGUGGCAAGAGCCAUGGCAGCCGAGAAGCCCUGCGGUCCCACCUGCAACGUCUUCACAUCCUCUUGCGCGGUCAUGUGUGCGGUAUUUGCCAGGCGGACUUCGCCACCGCCGAUCACCUGAAGAAGCACGUUAAUAGCCUGCACCUGGACCACCGACCACAUCUGUGUCCCACGUGCGGAAAGAGAUUCACCCAGCGGUGCCACCUCACCGAUCACAUGGGGACGGAUCGCUGCCACGGUAAUUACACCUGUGAAUUCUGCGUGCGGCCCUUCUUUCGGGCCAUCGAUCUCGAACGGCAUGUGAGUGAGGAACAUCCGUAGGGCAGUCAUCCUAGCGGGAAUCGUAGAUACCUGAGCGACAUCUCACGUCCAGAAUUACGCUUUAUAUACAUUUAAGCAAUGGAUAAUUCAUGGAUGGAUAAGUCAUCGGAAAUGCUUUUCCAAGCGAACUUGAAUUGAAAAUCGCAUUUUAGUUUUUGCUGUAAAAUUAAUGCUUAUGAGACGAUUUAAUUUACACCUUAAGAACUAUAAAUAUAAGCGAUUAGUUACUUUAAUAUAGCAAGCAGAAUUUGUUACACCAUUGCAAGCUACGAUGGCUGAAAGACAAUGUACUUAUAUGAAUACUAAAAUAACAAUACAUGAAGUCAUGUUAAUAAAAACGGGCAUAAUUGAAAUAUUGCCUAAGGAAAGUCUGAAAGAUUCAAAGAA